UCGAGAUGUAUCGUCCAUUCCUAGUUUCCAGUUUUACCGUUUCAGUUUUGUUGGUUAGGAGCAUUCGCGAGUUUUAGUGCAGUUUAUUCGCAAAGUAAUAUAUCGUUAUCGUGUACCAAAGAUAACGGAAGAAAGAGCGAGAGAGCGAGAGUGUGAGAACAAGAUAAGAGACCAUGUCCAAGCCCAUAGUGUUCGUGACAGGUAACACGAAGAAGCUGGAGGAGUUCGUGGCCAUACUGGGCAAGAACUUCCCUCGGCAGAUCACGAGCAGGAAGAUCGACCUGCCGGAAUAUCAGGGUGAGAUAAACGACAUAUGUCGGGACAAGUGCCGGGUCGCGGCGGAGGCGGUGAAAGGUCCGGUGAUCAUCGAGGACACUUGCCUUUGCUUCAACGCGCUCCAGGGUCUUCCGGGGCCGUACAUCAAGUGGUUCCUCGAGAAGUUGGGUCCUGAGGGUCUUCACAGGUUGUUGGACGGAUGGCAAGAUAAAUCUGCGGAGGCGGUAUGCACGUUCGCCUAUAGCUCCGGUGGAACUGAUGCUGAGAUCCAACUGUUCCAAGGUCGCACCCAGGGCACCAUCGUGAGUCCACGAGGUCCCCGGGAUUUCGGCUGGGACCCGUGCUUCCAACCAUUGGGCAUGGACAAGACCUACGCAGAGUUGCCAAAGGAGGAGAAGAACAAGAUCUCCCAUCGUAGUCAGGCGCUGGAGAAGUUGAAGGAUUACUUCAUGAAAAACGACAAGAUUUAACUUAUCGUAUAUGAAUACAAUGAAAUUCCUAAUCUCUUCUUAUA